AUAAUAUAUUUACAGGUAUAAACUGUGUAAAGCCUUUUCAUUCUUUACUUUCAAAGUCAAUGCUUUCAGUGCUGUUCCAUUACUUUCCAACACAUUAAGAACACUGGUGCCACUCCUGAGACCAUCUAAGGUAGUAUCCCACACAACCGGGCCCCUCCCUCUGCAGGAGCAGAAGAACCCACUUCCUUCCCCAUCGAGCCCUUGCUGUGGCUGCACCAAGCUUCAGCAGAUAGUCCUACAGCCUGGAAUUGCCAGAUGGCAGCACUUCUCCACAGCUACGAACAUCUCGAUAUUAUUCAACUCCACCGGGAUGAAACCCGACCAGUAGUUCGACUACUGAAAGUUGCCUUCCCAGUUUAUUUUAUGACGAGGACGCGGCGGUUCCUGGAAACCGGCUCCCCCUGGUGGUGCCAGGCGUGAUUGCGCCUCCGCCUGCCGGCCGGUCGGCUUUCUCCUGCGGAAGCGCGCCCCUGGAGCCCGGUGGCGUUGGCUGCAUGUUCUGGCCGCCACUGACUCCGUGCCGCUGCUCAUUGCCCAUGCUCGGCUCCAAGUUGGGUGCGAUCAGUUCCGAUGUUGCACUGCCGUGGGAUUUCUCCCUCCUGAGAUCUCGGCAGCAUGUCGUUCCUGAGUAACUCGCCGUCGUAUGGUUCGCUUUCCGGCUUUGAGGACGACCUCCCAGCCGAUAACCUUUUUCUGUUCGAGAUCGCCUGGGAGGUGGCGAAUAAAGUGGGUGGUAUCUACACUGUCAUCCAAACCAAAACAAAGUUGACAGUGGAUCAGCAUGGAGAGAAUUACAUUUUGAUUGGCCCAUAUGUUGAGAACAGUGUCAAGACACAAGUUGAGCUGAUUGAACCACCGAAUCCAGCCAUUAAGCGCACUAUUGAUUUGAUGAACUCCAGGGGCUGUAAGGUACAUUUUGGCAGAUGGCUGAUUGAUGGAAGUCCUUAUGUUGUGCUACUAGACAUUGCUGCCUGCAUUUGGAGUCUAGAUCAGUGGAAGACGGAGCUAUGGGAUUCAUGCAAUAUUGGAAUUCCCUGGUUUGACAAGGAAGCUAAUGAUGCAGUGCUGUUUGGUUUUAUCACUGCUUGGUUCCUGGGCGAAAAUACUUUGCAGAGAGGGAUGCUUUUGGCUCUGAUAUUGCUUCUGCCACCAAUGAAGACCAGAUUGUGGACUAUUAUUUUUGUGGCCCAGUGUGAGAAGGAGACCUUUCUCAUUGCACAUUUCCAUGAAUGGCUGUCAGGUGUUGGCCUUGUUUUGAGCCGCAUUAGAAAACUCCCCGUGGCAACAAUCUUCACAACACAUGCAACUCUGUUGGGACGCUACCUCUGUGCUGGGAGUGUGGACUUUUACAAUAGUCUGAAAAAUUUUGACGUUGACAAGGAAGCAGGCACGAGACAGAUUUACCAUCGGUACUGUAUGGAGCGAGCUGCUGUCCACUGCGCUCACGUCUUUACUACAGUGUCAGAGAUAACUGCCAUGGAGGCCGAGCAUCUGCUCAAGCGCAAGCCUGAUGUGGUUACUCCAAAUGGACUCAACAUAAAGAAGUUUUCUGCGAUGCAUGAAUUCCAGAACUUGCAUGCCCGCAGUAAAGGUCACAUCCAGGAGUUUGUCAGAGGGCACUUCUAUGGAUGUUUGAACUUCGACCUGGACAAGACCCUGUUCAUUUUCAUUGCGGGAAGGUACGAAUUCUCCAACAAGGGGGCUGAUGUGUUCCUGGAGGCUCUGGCUCGCCUAAAUUACCUGCUCAAGGCAAAUCGAAGUGAUGUUACUGUAGUUGCAUUUUUCAUCAUGCCUGCAAAGACCAAUAACUUCAAUGUUGAAACCCUCAAGGGACAAGCAGUACGGAAACAGCUUUGGGAUACCGCCAAUGUGAUCAAAGAAAAGUUUGGCAAAAAGCUUUAUGAGUUGCUCUUGGAAGGUGAGAUGCCCGAUAUAAGCUCAAUUCUGGAUCGUGAGGACUUCACUAUGAUGAAGAGAGCCAUAUAUGCCACUCAGCGCCGUUCAUUACCUCCAAUCUGUACACAUAACAUGCUGGAUGAUUCCAACGAUCAAAUUCUCAAGGCGAUCCGAAGAAUUGGAUUAUUUAACAAUGCAAAUGAUAGGGUCAAGGUCAUCUUUCACCCUGAGUUCCUGUCGUCCACCAGCCCAUUGCUUCCUUUGGAUUAUGAGGAGUUUGUACGUGGUUGCCAUUUGGGUGUGUUUCCUUCCUAUUACGAGCCAUGGGGCUACACUCCUGCGGAGUGCACAGUGAUGGGAAUUCCCAGCAUCACCACCAACCUCUCGGGGUUCGGGUGCUUCAUGCAGCAGCAUAUCGCUGACCCAGCCGCAUACGGGAUUUACAUACUUGAUCGUCGGUUUAGAUCUCUGGAUGACUCGUGCAAUCAGCUAACCUCGUUUAUGUACAGCUUCUGUCAGCAGUCUCGCCGACAGCGCAUCAUUCAAAGGAAUCGCACCGAGCGGCUCUCUGAUCUGCUGGAUUGGAAGUACCUGGGAAGGUAUUACGUCCAAGCAAGACAGUUCGCAUUGGCCAAAGCGUUUCCAGAUUCGUUCACUUCAGCUCAAUGGGAGCCAGUGGUUAGUGAAGGCUUCUGUUACCCAAGGCCUGCAUCCAAACCACCUUCUCCAGCUACUUCCCUUCAUUCCAGUCCUUAUCACAGUGAAACAGAGGAUGAUGAAGAGAGAUACAAUGAAGAGGAAGAAGCUGAGAAAGACCGCAUGAAUAUAAAGCCAAUUGCAAUGAUCACUUCAAAAUUAGAGAAAAGAAGGGUGAAGAAAAAGAGCCAGGCAACUGAACCCAGCUCCCCAGGAAGCCUUAACUAUAGUUCUAGUGAUCCUGAAAACCAUAGUGACUUGGGAAUAGAGGAAAGAAACUAGAACUAAAUUGUUUACAACUGCAAAGCUACUGCAUUAUACCAACUUUACAGAGAAUUAAACAGAGGGUUAGAUUGUGUGCUGAAUUUCAACGAGUUUUGGUUGUAACUGUAAAAUUUUCAAAUGCACUUUAUCCUCAGAGUUUUUGCUUCCAGGUCAUGAGUCACAGAAGUAAAUUGGAACUACAGGCAGCAUCGCUGAAAUCAUUGUUAGAUAUUUCUGGAAAAUCUCCUGAAAACCUGAUGUGUUCAAAAACGGAUGGGGGACAAACCAAAUUAGACAGACUGAUUGAAAUGAGAUGUGCCUGUUGCAUGCUGUCUACAAAUUAGCACAUCUUCGUGUUUCUUAUAAGUUUACAGCAGAGAGUAAAUUUGAAAUAGAUUAAUUUAGUAUCCAGAUCUGGAGCUACUGAAGAUGGGUUACUUUUAGUGAAUUUUACCACAAAAAUCAUUUGCAUGUGACAAGUGUUGCAUGCCAUAACAUAUAAAAAUUCAGUAUAAUUCAUAACCAAAAGCAGCUUCCAAUUGUAGACUCAAAAUACUCUCCAUUAAUCACCCUCCUGUUAUAAGGAUCUGAUAGAUGUUAUUUCAUUCAGGUAGAAAAUAUGCAAAGUUAAUUUCUUGAUAGCAGAAUGGAUCUUUUAUGAUUUUUAAGAAAAUCUGUGUUCAUGGGUUUUAUAUUUUAAUACAAUAAACAGAUAUUUGUUUAAGGCAGUACUUUGUUCGAAGUAUUAAGCAAAGGGAUGAAUCACAAAAAUUAUAUGUGCAUGUUUAUUUUUCACAACUGGGAAAUGUCUGGGGUUUGUUGUAUCUUUUAACUGAAGUGACAUUUUUGGCCAACGGUAGUCCCAGCGGCAAUGGUGGGGCCGCAACAGUGGGCUGGCUAAAAUGUCCAACUCUGGAAGUGUAACAUACUCCUCACCCUCAUUGUAGAACAACCAGCCAAAACAUUGGGUGCUUAUAAGGAGAAUGGUUGUUUAAGUACUGAUGUGUGUGAAGCCACCUUGCGUUUUGCACCAGAACUCCCAAGGAGCUGUCUCAACAAAAGAGAAGGUUUUGUUUUUUUUGAGUUAGAUGUGGCACUUUAAAAACUAAGUAAAAGGAACACAAAUCCUUUUCCAACUAUAAAAAGAAAUUGAGAAAUUUCCAGUUUAUGACAUUUUUCCAUGGUGAACUACCAAUCCAUAUAUUCAGUGUGUGACUGUACCUUCUCUCUGCAGUUUCUUGUAACUCUUGCUGCUGUUCAUUUUGGCCGUGCGUUCUGUUAAAGACAAACUUGAAAUUAAAUCUAUCAAUAAAUGUAUACUUUUCAGUAGUCACAGGUGAAAUGGUGUGAGAAAGUUACUGUAAAGGCAUGCAAAUAAAAAAGUUACUUUUUUUAAA